CUUUUUGCCUAAUUAGCAUUUUUGUGAGCCCUCUUUACUACUUGAUUGGUCAGGUGUGAGCUAAGUUGCAAGCCCUGUAUUUAAAGGUGGAUGCAGUCACCUUCCCAGCUAGGCUUAGGGAUUCUUAGUCGGACUAGGAAAUCCAGUUAGUCCUGUCCCUCAGUCCCACCUCUCAACAGGAAAACCCAAGUGCUCUAACUGCUAGGCAAGAUUCUUAUGACUGAUCCUAGGAGGCAGCAUCGAGGGGGCCUGGAAAGGAGAGCAGCUCAGAGGCUGUGAUCAGGUGAAGGUGGAUUGCAGGCGUGGAAGUGAGAGGGGACAAGCCCCACACAGGGCUUCAGCCCAGGGCACAGUACAGGCAGUCACCUGCAGAGGCUCCUUUGGAGCGCUGAGGAGUGGAGCGAUGGCCCAGUCCCAGCGUAGGUGGGGAGGCUGGGGGGUGGGUGAGCACUGCAGAGUGAUCGGGAGGAUGAGGAGCAGCUACGGGAAGGAAGGUCUAGGGGAAAGUGGGGAGUAGAAGCUGAGGCUGGGGGUUGGGAGGGUGGGGAAGUUCAGACUUGACUUCUCGGUCACAGCUAGGGUGGCCCAGGGUGGGAGGUCUCAGUGACUGUGUCUCUGGGUGGUUUCUUGCCCCUGCUGCUGGCCCCACAAAGGGGGUAUUAGCCUGACCUGGGGAGAGUGGGACCCGGGGCUCAGGCCGGGCCUCAGUCUCCAGGGUCUUACAAUCAGGGAGCGGCAGCAUAGGAGCUGGGGCCCCCUGGACCCUCCAGGCACUGGGGACAGAGAGACACAGAGAGAACAGAGAGCCAGAGACAGUCCAGGGGGGUGUGGGGAGGCAGGCACAAGGAGAGGCCAGGCGAGAGCCUUGGGGGUGGAGGAGGGAGCUGAGAGGGGCCUUCAGGUCUCAGCCCAGCAGGCGCCAGCAUGGCAGCAGGCAGGCCAGUCGGAGGAGGCAGGGUGACCCUGACACCGAUGUUCCCCCUGCUUCCAGGCUGUGCUCUGGGGUGACAGGGGUAGAUGGACAGAGGCUGCCAGGCCAGUGCAGGAGGGCCACCUUAUCACAGGGACAAUGCCGAGUGCCCACUGAGCGGAUAAAUGGUGACGGCAGGUGGUGCGAGGCAUCUGAACCCCGAGGUCCUGAAACCCAGGUCAGAUUUGGCGAACAAACAGGGUGCAAGAAAGGGAAUGGUCGGAGGGGAAGCCGGAGGCUGGGCGUGCAGCUGGGAGGACAGAGAGGAGGCUGGGUGGGAUGCAGGUUGUCCGUGAACCCCAGGGGAAGCUGGUGAGGUGUCAUCAGCGAGACGUAGAGGUGGAGGAAGGAGGUUCCAGGAUGGAUGCCUGGCUGUGGGGCUCAGGCAGGAGGGAACCAUGGAAGGGCUUAAAGCAGGGGAGUGACCUGGCUGGACUUUUGCUUUGGGAAGGUCAAGAAUGGCUUGGGAAGCUGUUGGGAGCUGCAGGGUCAAAUGAGGCAUGGCUGGAGGCUGAGAGGCCAUCUAGGGACCUUACUGGCCCUUCAGCGAAGUUCUGGUUUGGGACAAAAGCAGGCUGAGUGGCCCCCACGCCUCUGCCUAUGUAACCUCCUAAGAGAUUCACUCCCACAGCUGCCCCUCCUUACCUGGCCUUCCUCUAGGCUUCCUGGGAGAGGACCUCCACAUCUGACCCCACUCUGGGACCUGCUGACACCUGGGGUCUCCUCGCUGGGAGGGGGGCUUCUGGGCAGCAGUUCUGAUUCUCUGGAGGUGGAGACACGGCCGGUCCUGCCUCUGCUCCCAGCUCCAGGCAGGUUCCCCAGCCUGAGCUACGCGGCCAGGGGCAGACUCUGUCCCUCUGUGGGCCUCAGGUUCCUCGUCUGUGAAAUGGGCAAAUGACACCCCCUAACUUUGUUGUCACAGUAGCUGAUCUGUGUCAGGCAUCGAGGUGGGCACACAGUAGGUGCUUACUAAGUGUGAGCUCUCCCAAACAAGAAGGCGGGGCUUGGCUUGUCCUUGCCCCACAUCCCGGCCUCCGUCCCCUUGACAGGGGUGGAUGCGUCGUGUGCCAUCACCCCUGUCCGGCUGGGCGCCAGCCCCCAUGCCAAGCAUGGAGGGGCACCAGGGAGAGGGGAAUGGAGGCUGGGACAGAUGGCGCCCUGAAGUGUGUGGGUCACGUCCGAAUCAGGCAGCGUCCCUGAACCUUGGCGCUGGGGGAAGUAGCCAACCUGUGGCCAGGGCGGGGCUGAGAAGCCCCAUCAAUCACCUGGCUGCCUCUCCCACCCCGCCUCCAUCCAGCUGCUCAGCCGUCUCCGUGUCUCUCCCACCCCGGCCUCCAUCCAGCUGCUUAGCCGCCUCCGUGUCUCUCCCACCCCGGCCUCCAUCCAGCUGCUUAGCCGCCUCCGUGUCUCUCCCACCCCGCCUCCAUCCAGCUGCUUAGCCGCCUCCGUGUCUCUCCCACCCCGCCUCCAUCCAGCUGCUUAGCCGCCUCCGUGUCUCUCCCACCCCGGCCUCCAUCCAGCUGCUUAGCCGCCUCCGUGUCUCUCCCACCCCGGCCUCCAUCCAGCUGCUUAGCCGCCUCCGUGUCUCUCCCACCCCGGCCUCCAUCCAGCUGCUUAGCCGCCUCCGUGUCUCUCCCACCCCGGCCUCCAUCCAACUGCUUAGCCGCCUCCGUGUCUCUCCCACCCUGGCCUCCAUCCAGCUGCUUAGCUGCCUCCAGGAACCUCAAGGAAGCUCUCCUGCUGCCAAGAUGCCAUCGCCACAGACAGAGACUCCUGGGCUGGAGCUGCAAAGUCCCAAGGAGGCUGAGGAGUCGCAGACUCCAGCUCAGGGCUCCCGGCGAACAAGCAGCAGGAAAGAGCCCAAUGCCCACUGCAAGGAUGGCACAAGGCUGGGCCUGGGCACCUUGAGGCAGGCCUUCUCCCGGGCCAGCCAACGGGCUUUGACCCAGGUCUCCAAGGAGGAUACAGGCCUGUUCCGGCGAAGCUCCUGCUCCCUGUUCCGGUCCUUCCGGCAAGCCCUGGAUGAAGGCCCAGCUGCCGGCCAUUUCCAGGCCACUCCUGAGGUGCCCUCGGGGGUCAUGAAUGGUGUCAGCCAGCAGGCAUCCACUGGGGCAGCCUCUGAGGAACUGAAACCCGAGGCAGAAGGCAAAUCCGUGGCCGACCUCAUUACUGAACGGCAACUGCUGGCGGCCUUCGAACAGCUUCUGCGCCUGGAGACACGGCUGGUGGCGGAGAAGGCCUCGCGCACCUUUGAGCAGGACCCCACGGCCUUCGCUCGGCGCGCCAUGGACGUGUGCCUGCAUUACGACGGGCUGGCAGCGGAGCUCAGCGCCAUCGUGCGCGAAACGCUGGGCAGCGACGGCGUGGACGCGGCCGUGCUGGCCGAGCUGGCCCGCGUGGUGAACGCAGAGGAGGAGGCCCACCCCUCGCCCCCCGACGACGGCGACUUCCUGCGCACGCCGCGCCACUGGCGCCAGCACUGGGAGGAGGCCGUGCGGCGGAGCGCUCAGGAGCGCGUGCGGCGGCCGGGCGCGGGGUGGGCCUCUGCGGCGGCGGAGGGCGCCUCGGGUCUGGCCCAGCUUCUGGCAGAGCUGGGCGUAUUGGUUCGCCGCGAUCUGCAGAAGGUGCGGCAGGAGGUGCAGCCCGCUUAUGCGGCGGCGGGCUUUCCGGCGUGGGAAGUCUAUCUGCGCGCCUUCCACAGCGCGGUGGCCCAGCGCCUCCAGGAACUCGCGCGCGACGCCCGCGGCUGCGAGCAGCUCUAUGUCCUGCUGGACUGGGCCGCCAACGUCUAUGGCAGUCCUGACUUCCUGGGCCCCCCGGGCCUGGCGCUGCCCGCCGAGCCCCUGCCCCCGCUCCUGGCGCCCGACGUGUGGGCCCGACUGGAGAGCGACUACACCAGCUUCCUGGAGGCCAAGAUCACAGGCUGCUUCGACAACAUAUUGCAGCUGGAGCAGAGUCACUGGGCGGCCGCCAAGGACCCCGAGGUGCUGCAGGGCCUUUACCAGGCGCCGCUCUCCAUGGACGUCCACAUGCUCGUGGCUGAGCACGUGAAGGCGGCCGGCGCCAUCUCCGCGGAGCUGGAGGCCACCACCCUGCGAAUCUGCACGCGGGCCCUCGGCCUCUUCGUGCCCAGGUUUGAAAAGGCUUUUCUGGCGUCAGAGGCGGUGAGCGAGCCCCACCUGGGCGCCUACAUCAACGCCUGCGAGGAGCUCAGGACCAGUAUUCUCUCUAGGUUCCCAGGAACUCAAGAGGAGCUGGAGAAGCCCCUGGUGGCGGCCACCUGCAGCUUCCAGAAGCACCUGCUUCAGGGCUUGCAGCGUGAGUUGCAGCCGCUCUUCAGGGUUGUGUGCACCAGGGACUGGCUGACGCAGGACUGGCUGCGUCCCCUCAUGGACAAGGUAGUGAGGUUCACCGGUCAUCUCCAGCGUGUGGCCCAGCCACGGGCACAGGAGACUCUGCAGGAGGUGCACCGGUUCGUGGUCCGCGAGUACCUGGCACAGGCGCUGAAGCCACGGAAGCGGUUCUGGGCCAUGGAGCGCAUGCGUGGCUCCCAGAAGAUGAGCCUGGAUGCCCAGGCCAUCAGCGACACCUUCCAGGGCCUGGGUUCCGAGGCCACAUGGUUGGACCAAGCCAUCCAGUGCGUGGCCGAGAUCCUGGGCGAGACUUACAAAGACGACAUCCAGCGGCACCUGGAGACUCUCAUCCGGAGCUACCCCGACAUUAGCCAAGCACAGCUGUCUGGCCAGAAGGAGCAGCCGUGCAGGAGGCAUUUCAGGCAUUGGUCGGGAGUGUUUUGGGGCCGCAGAGCUCUCAGUGCUGCCUGUCAUGGGGAGCCUCCCGCCCGACUGUCCGGCUUCACCCUCCAGUCUGAAAGUGAAGAGCAGAGUAUUUAUUUAAAAAAUAAAUGUGAAUUAAAAUGGUGCCUCCCUAAGGAGUGGGCAGGGGAUGGGAGGCCUGGGUCCCGGUGUGCUGAAGGGCCAGGCCGGAGGCUCUCUGGUGACACCAUUUGGUGGGUGGCCCUCUGGUGCCCGUGGAACCCGUGGGAAGACUGAGGCAGGUCCAGAGCAGGGAGGGCCCAUGCCUGUGGCUGCCCCCACCACGGCCCGGGUCCACUGGCCUUGUGCCCGCUCAGCCUCGUCUCAGCCAAGGCAGAGUCAGGGCUUCCUGGGGACAAAAAGGGGCCAAGACUGGUUCUGCAGCUUGAAGAAUUUGGGUUAGAUGUGGGAGGGACUUCCCAGCAGUGAAAGUUGUCAAGUUACUGCAGGGGGUGUGUCACCCAUGGAGUGUGUGUCCGGGAGUGACUAUGAGGUGUCAGCAAUGGAGGCAAGCGUAAGGAGACUGCUGCAGCGUGCACCUGCAUCCCCGCUUCUCUCUGCAAAGCUGCCGCUGAAACUUGAAGCCUUGAAGCCUUCGGGCUGGGUUGCUGGGAAACCCAUUUGCAUUGGCAGCCGGGCUUGCUGGGGAGGCUGAAAGUUGAGAUGGGGAGAUUUCUAGGGAGCAGCUGAGACAGGUGGUGACAGGUGCCCCUCCCAGCCCUCCACAGUGGGCCCCCAUAGUGUCUCUGGGCCUGACCCCGACCCUGGAGGGAGUGGGGGGCAGGUGACCGCAGGUGGGCUAAGGUUCCAAGAGCUCCACGAAUUUGGGUCGCCUGCGGACAGGGUAAGAGGUCUGAAAGCCUCUGGUGCCAGGCAGACAGGGGGCGUGUCUCUCCCUGUUCCCUCCAGGCCCCCUCCCUGCACUGUGGACAGUCAGGGGGCAGUUCCCCGGGCAGACCUGCCCCGGUUCCUAUGCCAGGGCUGGGACCUGGAGCCUGAGUCUUGCUGGGGCUAGAGCCUGGGGGUUGAGUGCUCAGGGCUUGUCUGUCUCUUCUGGGAGCAAGUGCUGGGGCAGUACCCUCCUCCAUGGAGGCCAGGAGCAGGGCAGGCUGGGGCAAGGGAAUAUCCAGACGUCCCCUGGCAGGGUAGGGCAGGUGGGGCAGGAAUGAGGAAGUGGGAGGGUUGGGGUUCCCCAUCUCCACGGUUGAGGUGGGGGCGGGUGUGUGAUGCUAGUGCCGAUAAGCGAUUCCCGUCCCUGAUGGGAGGACCGAGGCUGGCAGAGAACAGGGGUCGGCACUGCGUGGUGCUGCGGAUCUUCCCAGCCAGGCACCAGAGGGCAUGUCUUUUCCUAGGGGAGGGGUCCAAGAGAUGGCAAGUGAUUGACAGGUCGGCCUCUCCCCUGCUUGACCCCACCCCUGACCUGGUGGUGGCCAUGAAUGUCCCAGGCAGGGUGCAUUAGAGGGGAGAAGGGAGGGCUUGGCCUGGUCUGGUCCUGGUCAGGUUCUCCCCAAGGAGCUCCUGCCACUCCCUUCCCCACGCUUCUGUCUCAGACUCCUCACUGAGGAGCUGGAGCCGGAGGGUCCUCGGGCUGGGCUGUGGGGUUGGGGAGGGGGUUCUGUCCUGGCUCUGCCACUUCCCACCUGUGAGAAUGCAGGCAGGUUCCUUUAUCUCACUAUGCCUUGUAUUUUUCCAGCUGUGAAAUGGGGGUGCUGUCAGUGCCUCCUCAGCUGGGGAGGGUGAAGUCAGAGCCAGUCAUAAGGCCAGGGCCCUGGCCUCCCUGUGACGCCAUGUUCCUGGAGGCCCACCUAUAGGAAGGCCCUGGGCACCCUGGGGUUGGGGUGGUGGGGUGCUGAGGCUGGAGCAAAACCUGAGUUGAGUGGAGGUCACUGCAGGGGGAGGCCCCAAGAGAGGCUGGGAAGAGGUGCUGACGGCUGAGCAGCUGAUGGCAGAGGGAGGGGGCCAGCUUAGACCAUGAGAGUUCCUAGGCCCGGAUACAGGAAGUCAGAGUUUUCCUGGCAGGAACUGUGUGCACAUGUGUACCUGUGUCUCCAUUCCAGGAGGGUGUGUGUGCCAUGUGUGCAGAUCCUCGUGAGCCCAGUGGUGCCUGGGGCUGGGGGCUGCAGGCUGGAACUUCCCAGGCCAAGCCAGGCUGAGCUGGGGGUGGGAUGGCAGCUCCUAGAGGACGCAGUCAGGGAAGCUGGGGGUAGAGGUGGGGCCGAGACCAGGGCAUCCUGGGUGCCUCAGUCCUGGGGUCUGGCCACUGGCCUUUCUGCUCCAGGGGGUGGAGGCUGAGCCCACAAGACCUUGCAAAGAGCCUGGAGUGCUUCCUUGGCCAUCUGUUGUCCAGGCCAAGCCUGCAGGGUGCGGACUGGCUCUCAGAGAGAGCCAGUUCUCAUCGGCCAGGCCAUCUGGCUGAUAAGCAAGUGUGUGUGUGUCUGUGCACGUGCACCUAUGUGCACCAGCCCCUGUCAGCACCCCCAGGAUGGAGGCCCUUGCCCAGUCUCCUCACUCCUCUCAGAAAGCAAGACAGCCUGGAACCAUCCUACUUGCCCCCAAGCUCAGCCCCAGGCCCUGCCUGCCGGCCCCUGGCCCCCAGCCUCUGCCGGCCACCUGUUCCCUGCUGCAUGGCCCAGUUCUCCUCCCUCUUCAGGGCUAGCUGGGUUUCCCCCAGUUUCACCGUGGCCUGAGGCUUCUGCAUGUCCUGGGGUUCCCUCU